AUGGAGAACAUAGAUGAUAAUUCGGGAUGGAAGGUUGUUGGAGAUGGAGGACCUGAAGGCUGGAAACUUGUUGAUGAAAAAGGAAAUGUCGAAUGGAAGAUCGAAAAUAUCAAUGGGGAAUGGAAGGUAACUAGUGCAGAUGACUUCUCUGCCAAAAGUAAUGCUUCUGCUCCAGUAAGUGUUGAAUCUGCAAAUGUUACAGCGGAAAGUACCAAUACUACAUCUUCAGACAUUACUGGUACCACAACAACGCCUCCUACCGGAGGUUGGGAUGAUGAUAAACAAGGGAGAUACAUCGUUUGGAAAUUUUCGGAAGAUGGUAAAGGAGAAGCAAGAGUUUAUGGAGGAGGUGGAGCGGAUCCAGAAGUGUGGACAGUUGGAGAUACUAAUCAAUACUGGAAAGAAACUCUGGACGCUAAAGGUGCAAAUACAGGUGGAGGAGGAAGUUGGAAUGGUGGAGGGCCGACAAGUCCUGCAACAACAGCUGAUAACACUGGAACUACUGGAGGCUGGAGUUCAGAUGGAGGAAGCUGGCAAAAUACCAAUGGAUGGCAGAGCGCUGCUCCACAGGCACAGACUAAUUCCUGGCAGACUGAUGCAAAUGCAGCACCUCAACAAAAUGGAGGAUGGUCGGACGGAACUGGUAAUGCAUCGCCGCAAACAAAUACUGGUGGUUGGCAAAACGGAGCAGUUGUUACUACAAAUGGGGUAAAAUGGCAAACUAGUUCUCCUCAACCAGUUGCCGGAUGGCAAACUUCCGGAGCUUCGCCACAAAAUGGUGCAGUUAUUUGGCAAGCAGCAGGACCUACUCCGCAAGUUGUAAAUAACGGUUGGCAACAAGCGAAUGGUGCAGCAUCGAAAAAUGAUGGCUGGCAAAAAACAGUCUCUUCUGGUCAAGGAGGCCCAUGGCAGACUUCAAAUCCUCAGACAAGAAAUAAAAAUGGUUGGAAGACUUCAGGUAAUGGUGCACAAAAUGGUGCAAAUAGAUGGCAAAACGGUGGAGGACCUACCCAAAAUGCAGCUGGUUGGGCUAAUGGGCAAAAUCGUAAAACAAAAGGCAGAUGGAGAAAUGCGGGUAAUAAUUCAGGAGGGUGGACACCAAAUAAUAAGCUAAACAACAACCGUAAAAGUGUUUCAGGUGGAUCUUGGGCAGCAAAUCCAAGUGGAGGAUCUUGGAAUUCCGCUCAAGGAUCACCACCUUCAAGCUGGAGUACUUCAAACGGAGCUCCUCCAACUAACGGAAAUGAUGGAAACAGUUGGCAAGUAGCUGGCAAUGCUGCAACUAGUUGGCCAGGAAAUGCUGCUGGGGGUCAAACGGUUCCGUAUAUCAUUGUAAUUAAAACUCCUGAAGUUUCAGCUACUGCAGCCUCAAAUGCAUGGUCAAACCAAGGAAGAAGCCGGAAGCCAAAAAAUAGAAAUGGUAAUGGAAAUAGGGGUAAAACUAGAAACAGUAGACGCAGUAGUGGCUGGAAGAUGAAUAGAGCUGGUAGUAGUGGUUGGCAGUGGAACCCACAAGGUGGUAAAGAGGGAUGGAAGUGGAAUGAUGGUUGGAUGGGCUCAGGAGGAGGAUUUGGAGGCUGGAUGGGUAAUAAUGGUGCUGUAUACAGUAAUUGGAAGCCAACUAAUACUAAUGGAGCAUCAACACCGCAGCCAAAUACAACAAGUAGUACAGCAAAAGGAAGCAAGAAAAGUGCAAGCAAAAUGGUAUUUGUUUUCGGAACGAAAAAAGGUAAUAAUAUAUCUCGAAAUCAACCAGUAACGUCAGGAGGCAAAAAAGGAAAACAAGUUAUUAUUCUUGAUUAUACUUCUGGCAAGAAGGUUCCAAAAGGAGAAGAUGGAAUGAAGAAAGAUAUAGAAUCUGUCAUUCAAGCUCUAAAAUCUGCCAAACCGACAGGCAUCAGGGGAACAGCCGUUUGGAAACAACCAAAUCAAAGACAAAUUACACAGCAACAAAAAUGGUCUCGGUAACAAAAUUAUCUUCGUAUAGAAUAUUCAAAAAAUUCUAUGCCUAAGUUAUCCAUACUUGUGAUAUAUUAAUGUUUGAUUUUUUUCACAUU